AUGGCGGCGGUGGGCAUGGUGGGAGUAGAGUCAACCUCACGUUUGGAUGUUAUACAAUUGAUUCCCAUAAAUGAGAAUUUUGACAGAACAUGUUCAUCAGCGGUGUUAAUUCAAACCAUAACUAGAGAAUUAACAAGGAACACUGCGAUUGUUUUGGCGGAAGACAUUAAUUCCGGUCACUUCUUGCGAUGCGAUGUUAUAGUGGAUGCAAUUUUUUCCCUAAAUCUCAUUACUACCACAAGAGAAUUGUAUAUCGAAGAUAUACCCGAAGCAUUCGAGGUACGAGCGUACGACGAACAGGGAAACGAGUUUACGACUCUAGCUGGCAUAGAAUUUCUAUGGGCUAUUGGUGAUACUGACAAACGUAUAUUAUCUGAUAAUAAAUCUACGAUUAAUGUAUUACGCUUUAUGACAUAUGAGGAGUCGCAGUACGAAAGACCUGCUAGUGUAGCUGUGUUAGAUAGCAUUGGCAAAAGAGGUCAUAUCGUUCUGAUAGAAGGUGUUAGGACUGGUACUGCCAAAGUAUCUGUUAGAUUACCACAUUCUGAAUAUAAGCAUGUUCCAUUUAUAGAACUUGAGUUGAUUGUCAUUGCUAAUUUAAUCAUAAUUCCACCGGAAAUAACAAUAAUGGCUUACGACAGCUUCAAAUAUAAAAUAAUGCACACUCGUCAAGGACGCUUGGAAGAGAUUAGUUUGCCCUCGAACCAGUAUUACCUGGAGGCCGAGAAUUCCGAUAUAUUGGAAAUUGAUAACGACCGUGAUUUUGCUUAUGGUCUUAAAACGGGACGUACGAAGGUAUUUUUGCACGAUAAAAAUGUCCGCGAGGAGUAUCCAGUCAUUUUACCUUCCGCUACAGUUAAUUUACACGAGGUGGCUUACAUCUCUCUCUCUGUUCUACCAAACAGAAACUGGGGAUUAGUAUUGGGUCACACUCACGAAAUCAUUGUUGAAUUAUAUGAUAACAAAGAUCAUAAAUUUCAUAUCGGGGAGGGCGUGGAAGUCUCCAUGAAGAUUGACGAGCAGUAUUUUGAGCCAAAAUCGAUCACGCAAAAUGAAACUUAUGCCGUCAUAGUACCGAUAACUUGCGGAAUAACAGUCGUGGAGGCGACGUUGCGGGGUAUAAUCGACAAACGUGGUAAGAGGAUUGCGUUUGACCCGCAACCAUCUACUAGAGCCGAAUUCACGAUACAUACACCGGUCGUAAUUCAACCUCGCGUCUUAGCCGUUCCAUGGGACAUCGUUAACAAAUCCAGGUGAAUUAACUUUGAUAUUGUUAAAAUAAAUAUCAAAGACGUCCGUUUCUUGUUAAUAAAUAUAUUUCUAAAAUUAUUAACUUGUAAUUGUAAAUUACUGUGGAGAAAAAAAGAUUUUUCGAUAGUGACUGUCUCACAAAACGGCGGUAUCAGAAUCCUGUCGGCGGGUAUAGCGGAUGUGGCUGUCACGAUGGCGAGGAAUCAAUACAACAGGGACACAGCGAAGAUAUACGUAUUAUCACCUUCGAGGCUGAAAAUUAUCGAGUAUAACAUGGAAGCGGCUAUAGGAGAACCAAUUCACCUGCAUGUCGCGUUAUUCGGGAAACUGAUCAACGGCACCGAUGUCAAAGAGAUACCCUUCAGCGACUGCAAAGAUGUCAAUCUCGAGGUGUAUAUUCCGGAUGAGAAUUUUGUACGGACAUAUGAUAAAAACGUACAACCGAUUGGUGCUGCAUGUGCCGUGAUAACUGUUGUAAAUUAUCGCUCUAUCGGGACGUCUGACGUGACCGUGGCAUAUAACGUGAACGACGAUAAUGCGAUCGAUCGUUUGCUAACGGACAACGUCACUAUAUCGGCAUACGAGCCGCUCAUAGCGAUACACCCAGAAAGUAAGAAAACUUUACUUUCUGUGGGAUCCUCGAGAAACGUGGUGUUUAAAGGUGGACCACUGCCGUGGACGAAUAAAUCUCAAGAUUAUUCGCGGGAGAUAUAUCUGUCAAAUGAGCAGAUUGUCGAGAUGGUAGAAUACGAGGACUCAUUAAAUGGACCGUUCGAUAGAGCUGUCUUCAAAGUAAUUUGCAAGACGUUAGGCGAAACGGCGCUAACGUAUACGGUGUCGAACGUGCCUCUGCUUGCGAACUGUCGACGCACUCACGCGUCGGAAACGAUCGUGAUUGUUUGCGGCAAGCCCAGAUAUAUCUAUUUGCGGCCAGAAUUCAUGGACAAUGAAAACUGUCCGAUCAGACAGAAUGCGGACAAGAUAAUCGCGCAUAGUGACAAGCCUUUAAGAAUCUCUGUUAUCGUCAAGGAUGAGGAUGGCAAGCAAUUUGACAAUAUUACGAGCUUAAACGUCGAAUGGAACCUGAAACCGUCUGGUAAUGGCGUCGUGGAACAUCCUUCCGGGACGAUAGAGGAGAUUUGGACGGAUGUGAAUGUGAUUUUGCCGAAGAUUCAUUAUCAGAAUAUUAUCUUCAAGAAGCACCACGGUACUCUUACGAUAUUUGCAACUGUCACUGGCUAUCAAAAACUCGUUCUUAACAGACUCAAGAUCACGCCGGAAUGGCCGCCGUUCCCCGUCGAGAACGAGAGAGGCGGAGUAGAGACUCCGCUGAUAGAGGCUUCCAUAGAGACGAUUCUGGUGAAUGAUACUGUUGUUAGCCCCGACAAAUUGAUGAUUCUAAACGAUUCGAGCAUGAAAUCGUACUUGCAAGUCAGCCAAGGCUCGGGUUAUUACGAAUUCGUCCUCAGUUCAAACCAAAUAGCGGACAUUCGGUACAUGGAUGCGACGAGAACGAUCAGCGUAACGCCAAGGAGACCAGGCGUGCUUCGUAUGACGCUGGUAGAUCUCUGUCUACCCUCGAAAUCGGCGGAAGUGUACUUGGAAGUGCAACAACUUGCUACAAUCGAAGUCGAAAUUGUGAAUAAGAUUGAGAAGGGAAAGUGCGUGACAGCCGCGCUGAGGCUAUACGAUACCAACGGCCACGUCGUGAGGCUGCCGUCUCCCGACGCGUUGGAUUUCCGCUUGGAGAUCGAUAACAAGUACCUCGAGAUUGAGCAGUUGCCCGCCAAUGAACAGGUUACUGCGCCCUAUGAACAAAUACUGUACAAGAUUCACGGCGUAUUGGAGGGCGAGAGUCAGCUGACCUUUGUAAAGAGGGGCGACCGCGAAAUACGGAGCGAAACGAUUACCGUGCAGGUGUUCCUGCCGCUCCGAAUACAACCGAGAAAUCUGACGAUAUUGAUCGGCACCAUUUAUCAGAUGCAGACCGUCGGUGGUCCACUGAACGCCGAGAUCGAAUAUUCGACGGAGAGCGGUGAUAUUCUUCGCGUCGAUCCUCGCAACGGGAUUCUCGAGGGGAAGUCGGCGGGUCGGACGCGGAUUCGUGUCCGCGCCGUCGGACUUGACGCCAAGGGCAACAAAGUGGUAGUCUACUCGGAAGAUCGCGCCGACAUACAUGUACUACAUCUCGAGGGAGUGAAGAUCUCGACUCCUGUGAACCGGGUGAAAGUGGGAGCGACAUUUCCCCUUUGGGCGUUUGGCAUUCCCGAUUAUCUGACGCCGCUCAUCAUCGGCUCCAUGCAGCUGCCGCUGAGCUUCGCCUGGUCGUCGAGCGAUUCUAGCCUGCUUACUUUGCACAACAUGUACGAGGGUACCGGCAUCAACGUCCGAUAUCAGAAUCAAGUGUCGCUGAGGGCACGGGCCGUGAGUCCGGGCGCAGCGACGAUCCAUCUGAAUGUCACCGUUCCGAGUAACGUACUGUCCAGCAAGAGCGACAUCACUUACACCACGUUUGUAAAGAUCGAAAUCUUCGAGGAAUUGCGCUUGAUUGAUCCAGCAACAGCGAGUUCGCCGAUAUUAAUGUCGCCGAAUUCUGUCCUGCGACUGCAAACAAAUCGUGACAAGCAUGGUACGACAGCUUAUGAGAUUCUGUCAAACGCUCACGGCAUCGGAUUUACGGAAGAUGUUGUGUCACAUGCCUUAACGCCCGCCCCGAGAUCCACCGUAACCGUGGACAAGAACGGGGUCGUAAGAGCCGGCGAGAAUCUCGGCCGAGAUACGAUCGUCACCAUUACGAAUACGGAAGCAUACAACUUGAGGCAAUCAUUGACAGUUCUCGUCGAGGUCAAGCCUAUUCACUACAUGAUGCUCUCCUUGAAGUCCAAGCUGCGUAUACGGAACGGCGAAGAAUUGAAUAUGUUACCAAAAGGAAUGAAAUUGGAGUACGUUAUCGAGUACUACGAUAACGUAGGGAAUAGAUUCCAUGCCGCUGAGGCCAAUGUCAAGGCUACGUUGAAUCGCGCCGAUUUAGCAACGUUCAUUACAUCGGGCGAUAGCAUUGUCACCGCGAAAUUCCUCGAGAAUGGCGAAUUGGUCGUGAAAGUCUUCAACGAAAAGUAUCCCAACGUAAUGUUCGAUUACGUUCACAUGAUGAUUGGCGACGUCGUGUUCCCGACAAGGACGACUCUGACUGUCGGCGACGUAAUAUGCUUUUCCAUGCCGCUCCUCUCGUCCGACGGGGAUCCGGGAUAUUGGCAAUCAUCCGCGCCUGAAGUAUUAUUGGUGGAUCCUAUUACCGGUAUAGGUCGUGCCCGAAAUGUCGGCCAGGCCAUUAUAAAGCACAGUCUCGCCAUGCAUGUGCAGAGUGAGAUAGAAGUCAAUAUUCUACCAAUUUCACGGGUAUCUAUCGUUCCUCUGAGAGGAAGGAAUAUCACUGGUACGGAAAUCUUUAGUGUACCGCUCGUGCUGAAGAGCAAAGAUGAGGAAAUCAAAGAGAAUAAUGUGUUGGCGAGAGGUCUAGGUGGUUGCCGUACGUUAUCAUCAUUCACGCUGAACGCGUUUCCCUAUACGUGCAACGUGCAAUUUGUCUCGUCGACUUUGUCAAUCGACGUACGGGAUCUAUUCCUCGUGAAGCCACGUUUUGAUAUCGUGACAGGUUUUUAUUACUGCGACAUUGUAUCAAUGGCUUCUCCAACAGUAGCCGCUAGUAUAUUAGACACCCGUAUUCAAAUCAGUGCCCGAAGCCGAGAUAUUGAAUCGGCGGCUUUAGAACUCGUCUAUUUACCGCCUGUGUAUGUCGACGCCAAGGAAAUUGUAUUCAUCACCGCUCAAAGUGGCGCGCCAUCAACGACGGUCGAAGUAUAUGGACUGCCGUCAGUAUUACAGCAUCUCACUAUUGAUGUACCAGAUGGUGUAGUCGUCAUCUCACAACAAUAUAUCUCCAAAUCUACAAUGCAAUAUAAACUACGUUUAAUGCAUAAUCAGGAUGAGAUUCAAGGGCAAAAAAUAUUCAUUGCGAAUGAUUUGACCAAACAAAAUGUAUCUCUGCACAUACGCGUGUCAAGGCAUAAUCACUUCAUCCCUAUGUCUGGAGUGCAAUGGGUGAAUUAUAUAUAUUUCCACAGAUAUACGCUAGGAACAUUUGCUGUUAUUGUGAUUACAAUCUUCUAUGUAUGGAAACAUAGGGUGACGAGUAUUGAUUUAGCAGUCAGGAAUAGAAGCAUUUUUGCUGAUAAAUCUCCACCAAUGUUGAAGAAAACGGUUAGUGGUCCAUGUACGACUCCCACUUCGACAGGUAGACCGUCAACUUCGCCGUUAAGGCCAUUCUCAGCGUUUGAAUCGCCUGUUUAUGGCGAUCCGCGUAGUUUCGGCACACCAUACAUUAGAAGGAGAGAUAUAUGAAAAAAUCUCAAAUGAUAUUAGACUAUUCGAUAUAACAUUGAAUAUAUACGAAGGUCAGAUCUUCGAAUUAUUGACAAAGAUCGUUAAAAAACAUCUGCCCCGACAUUAGUUAAGAAACGUUCAAUCACGAUACUUAAUUUUGUGAGAGUAAUUCAUUACAUUCGUUAACAUAAAAUGGCCCGAUACAC